UCGAGAAAUAAGAAACUAAUAAAACAGAACUUUAUCUUUAAUUUUUAAAUUGGAAAAUAAUUUAAAUGACUUGGAAAAGUGUAAUUUUUAGUUUAUUACUCAUACAUUUUGCCACAAAAUCGACGAUAGAAGGUCUUCAAUGUUAUGUCUGUGAAGAUUGUAAUGAGUAUGAAGAUUUUAAAGAAUUGCAUAUAUGUGGUGAAAUACCCGUUGUGGUAACGGAUAAACCUUUAACACUACCGGGUACUUUGGAAGGUGGUGCAACAGUUAAGCCAGCGGUUGACAUCACACUGAAACCAUCUAACAAACCCAACUUAAGACCAACAUUAUCACCGAAUAAUGAGGAUUAUAACGACAGUGAGGAGUCACAUAAUGAAGUUAAUGUAAUAAAUACUUAUACGAAAACAACCACAAAGCCGGCUACAACAACCGCUUCAACGAGUAAAACUACCACCAAACCCACCAUCACAUCGGCUGUAAACUCCCCAACUGCUACCGAGCAGAAAACAACUACAACAACAACCCAGUCUGCUACUCUAAAAGAAACAACUAAAACAACAACAACGACUACUGCUGUUAAAACAACACCUUCUACGGCUGCUAUUACAGCUGCUGCAGCCACCCAGAAACCGAAUCCAGCAGCAAUAGCGGACUAUGAUGAUUAUUUAGAAUAUGAAGAUCCUGCUACUGACAGACGUAGUGUUCAAUCUUUAUUAAAAAUUAAUGAACCUGUCUGUUAUAUGAUUAAAUACCAAGUAAAUAACACCAUUAUGACGAAUCGUGGCUGCACAAAUUUUAUUAAUGCCAACAAAUAUUUGACCUGUCAAUCAUUAUAUAAUGGUGCUCCCAUGGAGUCUUGUCGUAUAUGCUCUUCCAACGGUUGUAAUAAAUAUCUUUCCGGUGAUAGUGAAGAAGAUGAACAUGGUUUACCCAUGAAUUCUACCGGUAUUAAGGAAAAGUUUGGCUUUGUAGUGCUAUUAUUUUGGAUUUUAUUAAAUCGUUGUUUAAUUUAAAUAAAUAUUUAUUAAAUGUAGAUUUUUUAAAA